UGCCCUAAGCCAAGGUCAGAUGCUCAACCACUGAGCCACCCAGGAAUCCCAAUGAUAUGACAUUUUUAAAUAGAUGCAUGUGUAUCCUUGACAAAUAUACAGAAUUUUAUGGCUUUUUGUAAAUGUACAAAUGGCAUUGAGCUAUAUGCCUCAUUCUACUUUAUUUCUCCUACUUGUCAUUUUUUUCUGAGAUCUACCCACACUGUCUAUAAAUCUACCUUAUUAUCCCUGACUACUGUGUCAUAUCUCAUUGUGGACACAUAGCACAUUUUAUUUAUAUAUUUCUUUCACCACAGACACUGGCAUAGCUCCCACUUCCUGGCACCACAAACCAUCCUGUGAUGAGAUGAAUGUGCUCACUAACAUUAUGUUUCAGGAUGGUGACACAGUGACACUACCACCAGCAAUUUGUGAUGGUUUGUAUCUUCUCACUGAAUUCUCAUGCUGAUCUAGUGAGGAAGGUCAGGUGAGGACCCUUGUGGAUGAGGAGACUGAGGCUUAGAGGGAGUGAGCAAAUGCCCCGAGUUCAUGUAGUUAUGUGGAAGGGACAGGGCUCGUCCUUCAUUUAUUUCCUUCAUUAAGAAGAUAUAUUUGAACAUAUUGAGACCAUGGUUUGAGAGAGAUAAAAAUUAUUCCCUGUGAAAAAUUACAGACAGUUGCAAGUAAGUGUUUUAAUACAAGCUCACAGAGCAGGGUAGAUUCUCCAGGCCCCUGGCAGCUGAUGUCACAGAUGGUGCAGGGUAUGUAUAGAACACAGUGUGGCCAGUGAAGAGAUUGUCUGCAGAAGUGAGCUCACCUUCUCUCCUGGAGCUCAGAGAGGAAGGAGACAGAAGGAAUUGUUCAUGUUGUGAGCUACUGAGCUGGCAUUAUGGUGGGACAGCACAUACCAGAUGAAAUAUGAAGCAGCAGCUUUGAAGCCUGAGCAACGGAACUUAGCAGACCUAACCCAACUCAGCUUAAUUAGCUUCACGGAACCUGAUUGGAGAAUUUGGCUCCCUGGGCUCUCUACAGCACUGAUCCCAGAAACCUCUUCAAUUCAGUCAGAAUGCUGUGUCAGGAACUUCACAUAUUUGGUAACAAGCUGGUGCGCAGACGUCCAUUGAAGAAAGAUGUGACUGACAUUGCCCCUGACAGAAGCCUGAGCACUAUGGAUUUAGUGGCCCUGGGUGUGGACAACACAGUGGGUGUAGGUGUGUAUAUCCUGGCUGGGGAAGUGGCCAACAGUCAAGCAGGACCUUCUACCAUGAUCUGCUUUUUGGUGGCCGGCCUAACUUCUGUGUUGGCUGGGCUGUGCUAUUCAGAGAUUAGUGCUCGAGUUCCCCAAUCUGGAUCUGCAUAUCUCUGCACCUAUGUCACUAUAGGUGAACUUGGGGCUUUCAUCACUGGCUGGAAUCUUAUCUUGUUCUUUGUUGCUGGUACCACCAUUGUGGCCUGUGCCUGGUCUUUAGCUUUUAACAACUUGCCUGGGAACCAGAUCUCUCAGGCCCUGCAUGAGAGCAUCUCACCUCAUGUUCCUCGGGUCUUUGCAGAAUAUCUAGACUUCUUUGUUGUGGGCCUUGUAUUGUUGCUCAUAGGAUUGCUGACUCUGAGGAUUACUGAGUUUUCCCUGGCCACCAAAGCAUUCACUUUAGUGAAAGUUUUGGUUCUUAGUUUUAUCAUCAUGUCUGGUUUCAUUAAGGGGGACCUGCACAACUGGAAGCUCACAGAAGAGGACUAUAUAAAGGCUGGACUCAAUGACACCUCGAGCUUGGGCCCUCUGGGCUCUGGAGGAUUCGUGCCUUUUGGCUUCCAGGGGAUUCUCCGUGGAGCAGCUACCUGCUUCUAUGCUUUUAUAGGUUUUGACAAUAUUGUUACCAGAGUUGAAGAAGCUCAGAAUCCUAAGUGUUCUAUCCCCAGGGGCACUGUGAUUUCAUUGCUCAUCUGCAUUUCAGUAUAUUUUGGUGUCUCUGCAGCACUUACACUUAUGGUGCCUUAUUACCAGCUCCGAGCUGGGAGCACCUUGCCUGAGGUAUUUCUCCAUAUUGGCUGGGCCCCUGCCUACUAUGCUGUGGCUUUUGGAUUCCUCUGUAGUCUUUCUGUCAGCCUCUUGGGCUUUAUGGUCCCCAUAUGUCAUCAAGUAUACAUGAUGGCAAAGGACGGCCUCUUGUUCCCUGUCCUUGCCAGGAUCCAUACUGGAACAUACACCCGCAUGGUGGCUACUGUGAUCUUUGGCAUUAUUGCAGCAAUCAUGAUAGUCUUCUUUGGACUUACUCAUCUUGUGGACCUCCGGUCAAUUGUAACUCUGUUGAAUUACUCCCUGGUAGCUUUUAGUGUUCUCAUCCUCAGGUAUCAGCCUGAGAGGAAGAAUGGGGGAAAUGAAGCACAGGUGCAACAGGAGAAUGGACCUGAAGCAGAGCAGCUGACUCUACGCCGAAUAUUUUUUCCAGACAGCUCCACCCCCACUCCACUCUCUGGCCUGAUUGUCUCUGUUUGCUCCUCACUGCUUGCUCUGCUGCUGACUCUUCUCUGCCUGGUGCUGGCUCAGUGGCCAGGUCUGCUUUCUGGAGACCCAUGGUGGAUCACAGUGGUUGUGCUGCUCCUGGUGCUCAUCACUGGGAUCACUGGGGUCAUCUGGAGGCAGCCACAGAGCUCCACUCCCCUUUACUUUAAGGUACCUGGCCUGCCUCUCCUCCCACUUCUGAGCAUCUUUCUGAAUUUUUACCUUAUGAUGCAGAUGCCAGCUGGCACCUGGGCCCAAUUUGGUGUCUGGAUGCUGAUUGGGUUUGCUAUCUACUUUGGCUAUGGGAUGCAGCACAGCCUUGCUUAACUCCACUGAAGUUAACACCAAAACUGUAGCCCUGGACUUGAACAGAGCCAGUACACAUUUGCUUGGACAUCAUCACACCUGAAUGCAGUCAGGUCCCCUGGAUAAUAAUGGGGAGUUCUCUUGAGCUCAUGGAAAACUAGGCCUCCCAUGCGAUAUUGGUGGAGAAAAGUUAAUAGAGCCAUUCUGUCUUUUUUUUUUAAUAAUAAAUUUAUUUUUAUUGGUGUUCAAUUUGCCAACAUACAGAAUAACACCCAGUGCUCAUCCCGUCAAAUGCCCCCCUCAGUGCCCGUCACCCAUUCACCCCCACCCCUGCCCUCCUCCCCUUCCACCAUUCUGUCUUUAUGUUGGAAUGUAGGAUUGCUUCUACUUAUUUUUCUUUACUUGUCUACUUUUCAAUUAUGUCUGUAGCUGCUUUCUGCCUUUAAAGCAAUCAUUACUGAAAGUAACUAGACAAAGUGUUUGGUUUUCUUUGGGUAAACACACAGUAUGGUAGUAUAAAAUCAUAUGGUAAUUCUAUUUCAAUUUGUUGAGGAACCUGCAUACUGUUUUCCACAGUGGCUACACCAAUUAACAUGCCUAC